GGCGGCCCGGGCGGGGGCGUGGCCGCGCAGCCAUGUCGGAGGGGCCGGCGGGAAUGGCGGCACCGGCGGCGAUGGCGGAGACGCGGCUGCGGCGGAAGCAGCUGCUGAGCGCGGAGGAGGCGGAGCUGUUUGAACUGGCGCAGGCGGCGGGCAGCGGGCUGGACCCGGAGGUGUUCCGGGUGCUGCUGGACCUGCUGCGCAUGAACGUGGCGCCGCUCGCCGUGUUCCAGGUGCUGAAGUCGAUGUGCGCCGGACAGCGGCUCCCGCCGGCAGCCGAGAGCGGCCCCGCCGCGCCGCCGCCGAUCCCCGCCGACAGCCGAGGCAGGAAUAAAAGCAGCUCUGCUGUCGCUGGGUCACAGAUUCUGGCUGAAAGAAGCAGCCGGGAAGGAUCUGCCCAGAGGAUGCCCCGGCAGCCGAGCGCCAGCCGCGUGCAGAAGGCAGGAACCUCUGGGAAGAGCAGCGGGGGAGCCAACAGUACCUAAAAAAGGCCUUGGAACAUGGGUUUUGAUGCUAGAAAAUGAUUGUAAAUUGUGCUUGUGUUAAAGCUGCUUGUGUUGUAUAUAUUAAACUAAAACCACGAUUUGUAAUACAGGGAA